UUUGAUGUACACUUUUGUUGAUUUCUCUGCACCAGGAGUUAAAAAAAGUGUUUCCAGCUUACAGACCACGUAAAAAUGAUGUCAGCACUUCUGAUAUAUUUAUCCCCCUUUGAAGUCAUUAAAAAAGUCAGGAGGGUUUUGCAACAUUUUCUAAACUUAUUUUACACUGGAAAUGAUUUAAGACAAUAGAAUAGAGAUGAAAUACCUGUUGUAAAUUUACUUUAUUUAUUACACUACACUUUGCUUUUCCAUUAUUACACAAUCAAAUGCAUUCAUUUUAUUAAUAUUACAGUAUGAUAAUCUCCUGGCAUUUAUUUUUAUCUAUUACAGUGAUUUGUAAUGUGGUAACAGUUUUUUUGGAUUUGUAUAAUCUAAACUGAGUUGGCAGUAAAAUGCACCACUGCACCAGACUAGGCCAGCACAUUUAAAUACAUCAUACAAUAAACCUGAAAUCCACAGCAAAAGCGCUCUUAUCUGCUUAUUGCUGUUUUUUAUCAUCUUUAUUGUGUUGUGGUCAAUUAAACAGACACAAUAUGACACAAAGGACAAGAAAUAUGUACAUUCUGCUUAAUUUUUGGGACACACUUUUUAAGAUUUAAAUGAAGAAUUGUCACCUGAAGAGUGGCAUCAGAUCCUGUUUGCAUUCAGAGAAGAAGUGAUGUGGUGACCAAUCAAAUGAGAGGAGCAAUCAGAGCCAAUUCCAACCAGGUGGGAUGAGAGCUAAGCUACCAAGUGAGUGUUAUCAAGCCUCUUUGCUAGAGUCCAGUUUGUGUGUGAUGAAGUAUUUUGUAAUCAUGCCUGCUGUGAUUUAGAUUUAAAAACUAAAAUAAAAAGAUGUCCAACAGAGUGAAAUACUCUUCUCUCCUACCUGCACACACUCCACCGCCUCAGCUGUGCCAUAAAGUGUGUGACGUAGACCACGGCUCCAGUAUGAAAGGGCAAACUCUGCUCAGUGAGGCAGUGGCUGCAGUGUUUUGCGGUUCGGAUCCACCUGAUGACGGAGUCCCAGCUCUGAAAGCUCACCUGUGGCCGGACGGUGCAGAGGAAACCUCGGGGAUGGAGAGGCUGCUGAAGAAGUGUCAGAUCAGAAACCAGCUGAUCAGGGAGUGCAUGGCUGAAUGCCUCGGAGUCUACAUCCUGAUUCUGUUUGGAUGUGGCUCCGUUGCCCAGGUGACCACAACUCAGGAUAAGAAGGGACAGUACCUGUCGAUCAAUCUGGGUUUUGCUCUGGGAGUAACAUUUGGGGUCUUUGUGUCUCGUGGAGUCUCAGGUGCCCAUCUGAACCCUGCUGUUUCUCUGAGCUUGUGUGUUUUGGGCAGACAUCCAUGGCUGAAGCUGCCUUUCUACGUCUUCUUCCAAGUGCUUGGAGCCUUUUUGGCUGCAGCAACGGUUGGUCUGCAGUACUACGAUGCCAUCCAUGCAUACAGUGGAGGUGAGCUGACGGUGUCGGGUCCCACGGCUACAGCAGGCAUAUUCUCCACCUAUCCAGCUGACUACCUCAGUGUGUGGGGCGGUGUCGUAGACCAGGUGAUAGGAACAGCUGCAUUGCUGCUGUGUGUCCUGGCUCUCGGGGACCAGAGGAACAGCUUCCUCCCUGAUGGUCUUCAGCCUGUCCUGGUGGGAGCAGUGGUGCUGGUUAUUGGCAUCUCGAUGGGCUCAAACAGCGGCUACGCCCUCAACCCAGCCAGGGAUUUUGGGCCUCGCUUGUUUACGUACAUCGCCGGCUGGGGAGCGGAUGUUUUCAAGGCUGGAGGAGGCUGGUGGUGGGUUCCUAUAGUGGCUCCCUGUGUCGGAGCGCUGCUGGGAACACUGAUCUACGAGCUGAUGAUUGAAGUCCACCAUCCUCCCACUCCGUCUGAGCUCCAGGUCUCAUGUCAGGAGGCCACUGAGGGCAAGACUGGGCUGGAGCUGGAGGGGGUGGAGCCAGGCUGUGAAAAACCCACUUAGUGGUAAAAUGAAUCCAUGUUAAAGAGGAAAGAACUGUCAAACAGAGUAAACUGUGUAAAUGGAUGUGACUCAUGUUUUUGGAACAUGUAGAUUUAUUCUGCAGAAAAAUCCACUACAUUGGUCAACAACCCUUGGAUGGACUGCUAUGAAAGUUAGUACAGACAUUAAUGGUCCCCAGAGGAUGAAUGCUUUUCCUCUAGCGCCACCAGCAGGUCAAAGUUUAUAUCUUACCCAGAAAAACAAAUAUCUCAACAGCUACAACAUGGAUUGGCACCAGAUAUUAAUCAUCAUAACUUUGGUGGUCCAUUAACUUUUCCUCUAGCCCCACCAUCAGGUCAAACUUUUAAUUGUCCAAUAAUUCGGUUUAUGACCUGCAAAAAAAAAAUCAGCCUCAGCUGUACUU